CGCGGAUCUGCCGCUGUUCGCCUGCGACGCUCCCGGAGCCGAGGAAGCACCGAGCGCCCUGCUGCCGGCUCGCCGCCCGCCGCCGCCAUGCCCUUCUCCAACAGCCACAACGCGCUGAAGCUGCGCUUCCCGGCGGAGGACGAGUACCCCGACCUCAGCGCCCACAACAACCACAUGGCCAAGGUGCUGACCCCCGAGCUGUACGCCGAACUGCGCGCCAAGAGCACGCCGAGCGGCUUCACGCUGGACGACGUCAUCCAGACCGGAGUGGACAACCCGGGCCACCCCUUCAUCAUGACCGUGGGCUCCGUGGCGGGCGACGAGGAGUCCUACGAAGUGUUCAAGGAGCUCUUCGACCCCAUCAUCGAGGACCGGCACGGCGGCUACAAGCCGGGUGACGAGCACAAGACCGACCUCAACCCCAGCCACCUGCAGGGCGGCGACGAUCUGGACCCCAACUACGUGCUGAGCUCCCGGGUGCGCACGGGCCGCAGCAUCCGCGGCUUCUGCCUCCCCCCGCACUGCAGCCGCGGGGAGCGCCGCGCCAUUGAGAAGCUCGCGGUGGAAGCGCUCUCGAGCCUGGACGGCGACCUGGCGGGCAAGUACUACUCGCUCAAGAGCAUGACGGACGCGGAGCAGCAGCAGCUCAUCGAUGACCACUUCCUCUUCGACAAGCCCGUGUCGCCGCUGCUGCUGGCCUCGGGCAUGGCCCGGGACUGGCCCGACGCCCGUGGCAUCUGGCACAAUGACAAUAAGACCUUCCUGGUGUGGAUCAACGAGGAGGACCACCUGCGGGUCAUCUCCAUGCAGAAGGGGGGCAACAUGAAGGAGGUGUUCACCCGCUUCUGCAAUGGCCUCACCCAGAUUGAAACGCUCUUCAAGUCGAAGAACUACGAGUUCAUGUGGAACCCGCACCUGGGCUACAUCCUCACCUGCCCUUCCAACCUGGGCACGGGGCUGCGGGCCGGCGUGCACAUCAGGCUGCCCCACCUGGGCCGGCACGAGAAGUUCGCCGAGGUGCUCAAGCGGCUGCGGCUUCAGAAGCGAGGCACAGGUGGCGUGGACACGGCCGCGGUGGGCGGGGUCUUUGACAUCUCCAACGCCGACCGCCUGGGCUUCUCGGAGGUGGAGCUGGUGCAGAUGGUGGUGGACGGCGUGAAGCUGCUCAUUGAGAUGGAGCAGCGGCUGGAGCAGGGCCAGGCCAUCGAUGACCUCAUUCCCGCCCAGAAGUGAGGCUCCAGCACCUGCCACCGCCACCGCCCUGCCGCUUCCCAACGUAUCGCCCGGGCAGAGCCCACACGCACCCUGAGCUCGCCGCCGCGGCCGAGCCCUUAGCCUCGCUGUAGACAGACUCCCGUUGCCCCAGGUAGAGUUUAUUUUUGUGAUGGCUAAGAUGCUGCUGAUGCUGAAAUAAACUAGGGUUUUGGCCUGCCCUGA